AUCGUCGAAAUGGAUGAGAUUCAACUCAGCAAAGAUCAAAUUGCACAGUUGAAAAUGGGUUUCGAAGCGUUCGAUCCCGACAAGAAGGGAACAAUCACCACCGACACAGUUGGCACCAUUUUGAGUAUGAUGGGGAUGAAAAUUCCAUCCGCGCAGCUCAACUCGGUCAUCGGUGAAUACGAUCCAUUCGGAUCCGGGGAAAUGAAUUUCGAAGAAUUUUGUGGCUUAGCCUCCCGAUUCAUGGAAGAGGACACGGACACAGAGGCAAUGCAGCAAGAAUUGCGCGAAGCGUUCCGCUUGUAUGACAAGGAGGGAAACGGUUACAUCACCACCGAUGUGUUCAGAGACAUUCUUCACGAAUUGGACGAUGCGUUGUCCCCCGAGGAGUUGGACAUGAUCAUCGAUGAGGUGGACGCUGAUGGUUCGGGCACGGUCGAUUUUGAGGAAUUCAUGGAGGUCAUGACAGGCUAAAUUAUCACCUUGGCACGAGGCGGUCGUCCCUCGUGGUCGGUCGCCACGAGAGGCGCAUAUAUAUAUAUAAACGACGAUACCGUGUCUGCCUUUACUACACACGUGGAAAACGCGCGAUUUAUCGAGAUAAUGUUUUGGCAAAGUAUGAAGUUAAAGGUUCCGCAGGGAUGACGUUUCUUGGGAUGGUGAUCUUAUAAUGCGACUACAAGAGAAAAUAAAAUUUAUGCGCGGUCGAUUUUUGGACACGCUGAAAUGAUAUUUCUAUCUAUGUGCCGGAAUUAAACGAGGAGGGAGGCUGUGAUUCAAACAAUGGUAGAAACAAGUUUAUAUUAACGUAAAUUGACCGUUCUUUUUUUUUCUCUUUUCUCCUUCCAUUGAUCGAGAUCGAAACGAAUUCUUGUUUUGUUAAUCAAUUAAGAGAAGAUCGUGUGAUUAAAUUUCAAAGGAAAGAUUGGAAACUUCAUAUUUUGUUCUCGAAACGACCGUCUGUCAUAAUAC